AAACACGUGCGGCACAAGGGCGAUAUUUUCCAAUUUUUGUAUUUAACGCUAUAGUUACAAAGAAUUUACCACAAUGCAACAGAGUGACGAUGUGGUGUGGACCAUCAUCAACAAGUCGUUUUGUUCCUUUAAGAUUUCAACUAUAUCACAAAAAUUUUGCCGAAAUGAAUUCAACUUGACUGGGCUGUGCAGUAGAAGUUCAUGCACUGCCAACAGCCAGUAUGCUACAGUAAGAGAAGAAAAAGGUAUCAUAUAUCUAUAUAUGAGAAACAGCAGAAAGAUGCCCAUUCCAGCAAAACAAUGGAAAGUCAAACUUUCUCGGAAUUUUGUCAAAGCUCUGCAACAAAUCGACGAAAAUCUGGUGUUCUGGAAGAAGUAUUUCCGCCAAAAAUGCAGACAGAGGCUUCUGAAAAUCACACAGUAUUUGACUCGUAUGAGAAAGCUGAAAUUGGAAGGAAGUAAAAGUGAAUAAGAACAUUAACAAAAAAUAGAAAAAAGAGAAAAGAGACGUGAAGAGAAAGCUCUUGUUGCAGCGAGAAUUGACAAUGCUAUUGAGAAACAGCUUUUGCAGAGACUCAAGGAGGGAACGUAA